AUGUCCAACGGCAUAAACAACCCUUCCGGUAUCUUCAUCGCCGCGAUUGGACCGGUAUACCUAGCACUUACUCCUGUAGCAGCAGCAAUUACCAAGCCCGAAAGCACAGUUCAAAAGCUCAUUGAGACUGUUGUCGACUUCACGAUUGGCGAUGUAGCGGCUGCUCGUAUGGCCCCUGCGCUUGUUGUCAUAUAUGCAUUUUGGACUUUUGCUGGCAGCAGCUCUUUGUCCGUUGCCGGACAAGCCAUGUCCAAAUCAGAAGGUCUCGAUAACGAUCACCCUCGGAAACACCGCGUCAACAUGGAAGGCCUCCCACUGCGUCUCAUGUCGGCCCAUCAUUCGUUGCUCGAAAAUUUCCCAUUAUUUGCGGCUGGGGCAUGUCUUGCUCAAGUAUUGGCUCCUGGUGAUCAGCAUAUAUUGAAUCUUCUGGGUCUUCAUGUGUUGCUGAAGGUGGGUGUGUUUUACCCUUCAUAUGUCGUCGGGGUUGCGCCGACAAGGACACUGUCACAUGUGCUGUCUGUUUCUGCUAUUAUCAAGGUGUUCUGGAUGCUCGCGCAAUCUUGA